AUCCGAAUACGAUUUAAAUUUCUAAACCUAAAAAUUCAAAAUCUGAAUAGAUUAACUGAAUCCGAACGGAUAUAUGAAUGUUCAUCCUCAGAAAACUAUACAACAAAUCUCUUAGUUCAAUAUACAAUAAAUAAUCUAAUAAACAAUUUAAUUUCGCGUUAUAUGUCUGGAUUACUGCCUAGUUUCUAGUAAAGUGUUUGGAAAUAAGAAAAUUUCUUAAACGAAACUGUUUGUCUCGUAUUUUCUGUAAACACUCAAUAUGGCUGAAUUAAAAUCCGUGGUUAGAUCGCAAUUAUCUCGAACUAUUGCAAAAAACUGCAUCCUCGGAUCUAUCUACCUGAAGGAUUUGGUUUAGGCCCUUUAGGGUGUUCUAACCGUAAACAUGACAAGUAACGUUUGAGCUUUGACAAGAAAGAAAAGAAGGCUAAAAACAUGACAACCUACGCCUACGCGCGCGCGCGCACACACACACAAAAGAAGAGAAUAUGACGUGACGUAAUGUAACGUAGAUCUCUUACUUACUCACGUCGUUGUACAUGUAGACUACACAACUCCAUAAAAUCCGUUUCUUCCCUCCACCACCACCAGUCAUCCAAAUCCAACAUUAAUUUUUCACAAAAUGUUAUCUUUUUUCAGCCGAUUGUUGGAUGUUAUCAAGGUUGUUGUUGCUUCCGUGACUUCCGUUGUCUUAUUUCUCUUUGCGGGUCUAACACUCUCCGGUUCAGCCGUGGCAUUAGUUGUAUCCACACCGCUUUUCCUCAUAUUCAGUCCAAUUCUUGUUCCCGCCACUAUAGCCACUACUCUCCUAGCCUCUGGGCUCACGGCCGGUGCCACCCUCGGAAUCACCGCCAUUAGUCUCAUCAUGGGGCUCAUCAAGACAGCGGAAGGAAGUUCGUUGGCACGGUUAGCCCAAACACCAUUGAAACUGUUUAAGUUUUCAGGUGGAUUUGGAGGAUCAUGGGGAGGAAAAUCAUUUUCUGGAACAUUUGGAAAUAAAGGAUCUCAAUCGUCCGGAAAUAUCCCAGGAUGGUUAAAAAAUCUACUCAAUGGUAUACCAGCGGGUGGAGCGGUACCCGCAGCAGGAGAAGCUGCACCUGCACCCGCGGCAGGAGGAGCUGCACCUGCACCCGCGGCACCCCCAGGAUAAGGGAAAUUAGCCGAGCUUGUCCAAACAUAUAGCAUAUACUAAUUUUGUAUCAAUUAUAGAUUUUAUCAAAUUAAAAGGAAAAAGUCUUCUUAUUAAUACGUUCUAUGUAAUGAUGAAAAAUAUGUGGCUACAUAUAUAUAUGUAUGGAUAAUUUCCUGAGCUCUAAUAAGACACAAAGUACAGAAGAUCAAGAAUCA